AUGUCGGAAGACUAUGACUUCAUAAGACCGAUCCCACACUGGAAGCGCAAGUACUUGUCGAAGAAGCCCGGAUUCCCUGCCAUGAUGUCGGGAGCUCUGCCAACGCCGGAGAUGGAGCGAAAGGAGAGACAGCAGGAAGAGAUAGAGAAGAAGAAGCUGGCGAAGAAGGAGAAUAAGAAGAGGAAGCGCAGCCGGGAAGAUGCAGAAGAUGGUGCUGUGAAAGAGCCAAAGGCUGCUGCCAAAGAAGAUGCGCCUAUGGCUAACGCGGUAGAUGGAGAUGGCGCGAAGGGUGGAGAGGACGAGAGAGCGAUGAAGAAAGCUAGGAAGGAACACAAGCGGGAGAAGAAGCAGAAGGCUGCGCUCGAGGCGCAAAAGGCCGAGGAGGCGCGAGAGAAGGAUUUCAAGGCAGAGGCAGAGGUCAAUGAAGAUUUGAAGGAGGCCGCGCCGGAGCAAGUCAAUGGUGUCGACCAUGAUCAUGACGCGGAAGAUGCGUUUGAAGGGUUCGACGAGGAAGAUGAGGAUGGAUCAGUCGCGAGUGGGCAAGCAGUACCUGGCGCACAACAAUCCCCUCCUGCCACGAACGGUGAGGAUGCCGGAGAUACUUCAGAUGCUGCAGAUGGCACACCCGCAACGAACGGCGACACUGGCGAACCAUCUGAUCUCCCUUCAGCUUUAGGCGUCUCGCUUCCCGGAACUACAGCGGAGCCAACCAAAUUCGCAGAGCUCAAUCUAUCUGAACGGACAAUGCGCGCAAUGAAGGACAUGCCAUUCGACACCAUGACCGAGAUCCAACGAAGAGGUAUACCGCCCCUUCUUGCUGGUCGCGAUGUGCUGGGAGCUGCAAAGACCGGCUCUGGCAAGACUCUGGCUUUCCUCAUCCCAGCUAUCGAGAUGCUGCACUCCCUCCGCUUCAAGCCGCGAAAUGGCACUGGCGUGCUGAUUGUUUCACCAACCCGCGAGCUAGCAUUACAGAUCUUCGGGGUGGCGCGCGAGCUCAUGGAGCACCACUCCCAAACAUUCGGCAUUGUCAUGGGCGGCGCAAAUCGCCGUGCAGAGCAAGAGAAGCUGUCGAAAGGCGUCAACCUCCUCGUCGCUACUCCCGGACGGCUUCUCGAUCACCUCCAAUCCUGUCCUGGUUUCGUUUUUAAGAACCUGAAAGCACUUGUCAUCGACGAAGCCGACCGCAUCCUCGAAGUCGGGUUCGAAGAUGAAAUACGCCAGAUUGUCAAGAUCCUCCCCAAAGACGAGCGCCAAACCAUGCUCUUCUCCGCCACUCAAACCACUAAGGUCGAAGAUCUCGCCCGCAUCUCCCUCCGCCCCGGACCUCUCUACAUCAACGUCGUCAGCCGGAUGGAAGAUUCAACGGUAGCCGGCCUCGAGCAGGGCUACGUGAUCUGCGACGCCGAUAUGCGAUUUCGCUUACUCUUCACAUUCCUGAAGAAGCAUCCAAAGAAGAAGAUCAUUGUCUUCUUUUCCAGCUGCAAUUGCGUAAAAUACUACUCCGAACUCCUCAACUACAUCGACCUCCCCGUCCUCGACCUCCACGGCAAACAGAAGCAGCAGAAGCGGACAAACACCUUCUUCGAGUUCUGCAACGCCAAGCACGGUACCCUCAUUUGUACAGACGUAGCAGCACGAGGUCUCGACAUCCCGGCCGUAGACUGGAUCGUGCAAUUUGACCCGCCCGACGACCCGAGAGACUACAUCCACCGCGUGGGUCGAACCGCCAGAGGCGCGACUGGAACAGGCAAGAGUCUGAUGUUCUUGCAGCCGAACGAGGUGGGCUUCUUGAGUCACUUGAAAGAGGCGAGGGUGCCGUUGGUGGAGUUCGAGAUGCCGGCGAAGAAGAUUGUGGAUAUCCAGAGUCAGUUGGAGCAAUUGAUUGGGAAGAAUUAUUAUUUGAAUAAGUCAGCGAAAGACGGCUACCGGUCCUACCUCCAAGCCUACGCCUCCCACUCGCUCCGCAGCGCGUUCAACGUGCAGAAAUUGGAUCUGGUGAAAGUGGCGAAGAGUUUCGGUUUCCCGACGCCGCCGAGGGUGGAUAUUAAUCUGGGGGCGAGUAUGAAGGGGCAUGAGGGACGGAGGUCGUAUGGGAGUCAGCCGAAGCAGGGCGGGGGACGAGGCGGGUUUGGUGGGAGAGGUGGGAGGGGAGGACGGCGGUGA